AUGGGUGAAUCUAUCCUCAAGCAAACUGGGUGGCAUGUCACAUUCAUUGUCGGGGGACCUGAACCACGUCAGAAUGGCAAGAUAAUGACAUAUAUGUUAAAUUGCGGAAGGACCAUGAAGGACGAAGAUUAUGAAGGGUUUCUUGGUGAGGAUGCGUAUGAGGAACACAUCAUCGCCCCUUUCGAUGAUUUUCUGCACGAAGCUUUCACUCCUGAAGCCCGCCUAGAAAGAAGCCUAACUUCUAAGAGCGAAACACCCGAGUCAGCUGGAGGCGAGGGGAUUGAAGAAGUAAAUGACAAACACGACAGCAACGCCGUGGACGGGGAGGCCCACAUUGACAAAGAGGCGCCAAAGAAAGGUGGUAAAUCCGAGUAUGAGCAUUCUCGGGAGACGAACAUCGCAAGGAAUAAAGAGUUGUUGCGGCAAGUCGAGGAAAGGUUUCCGAUGGAGCCUUUGGCGAAAGCGGACAAAACGAACGGAAGGGGGCCAGAGAACAAGGUGAAGAGGAAAGAGAAGGUUCAUCAAGAACCCACCAGAAGUUCGGCCAGGAUUCAAGGACAAGGACCAGGAGAUGUGCCUGAAACUACGACAACCGAACCUGCUGCGAAUGAAGGCACCAGCCCUUCAAUCACAGUUCCCAUCCAGUCCUCUGGGACCGUGGGCAAUGUCGCAGAGGCCAAUCUCACUCGUAGCAUCAGUACUCCUGCGGAGAUUGAAAAUGACGUGACGGCGUCUACUUCUGACCAUGUCAACGCCUCUCCUUCCAACCACAUUGAUGCCUCUCCCUCUGCACUGGUCGAUUCAGCUCACACUUCUUCCGACGAUUUUGGUGCCUCUCCUCCUGCAACCGGCGUUGGACCCCUCGUCGAGCCUACCCCUUCCUUUAAGCCAGCUCACACUUCCGACGAUUUUGGUGGCUCUCCUCCUGCAAUCGGCGUUGGACCCCUCAUCAAGCCUACCCCUUCUGCGUCAUCAAUUGCCUCUGAGUCUGAAACUCCUGCCAUGUACAAGGUCUCGACUUCAACACAACCUUCAACUCCGACCUCAACAGUUUCGCAAAUGGACGUCGACAGUGACAUUAGAGAUACCACUGACACUGGGACACCUCUGCCAGCCUGGCUGCAUAAUGUGAAUAUGUCAGAUUACCUGCACGGGGUUUCGAAGGAGAAAGCCUGGCAAGAUCUCAUAACCUCUCUCUUCAAGUUCAAAGCCUUAAAUCCAACUACCGGCGUACAUAUUAAUUUUGUGAUGUAA